UCCAUACAGUCAUGAUGUGAACUUGUCAGAUAGAGCUCAUUGGUACCUCGGGCGAAAAACAUUGGAUAUCUUAAUCAUCCAUGUUAUAAUUCACAUCUUAGUCAUAUGUUCCGAUGACGGAUCAAUUGUAAAGGGUUUUUACCCUGUUAUUUUUACUUUGGUGGCUUGCAUGUAGAUUCUAAGAUUGCACUGAUGAUGAUCGGUCAACCGAUUGAAAACUAGUUCUGUCUUUGAUGUAGCCCUGUAUAGGGAUUUUAAUAAAUAUACCUUUUAUAAAGGAUUUUAUGUAAAUGAGACUAUUCACCUGAAGCUGUUUUGUGGCUUUUCCAAAAAUUCAUUUGUAUUUUCUUUCUGUCUGAUAGAGCCUGGAACUCCAGUACUUUGACUUUUUAUUUUUAUCACUUUCUGGUUAAAAAGUACCCAAAUAUCUAAUUCUUCAUCAAUUCUUUGAUUUUCGCCUUUGGUCAAAUUUGAGAAAUCCUGUUCUUGAUUUUGCCAAAUUACUUGACACUACAUUUAAGAUUAAUUUUUGUGCGUUAUCAGCAUUUGAGUUUAGACCCAAUACCGAAAACCUCAAACUUAUUAUAUAGUUCACAACUAAAUAAUUCUUAAAAUUAAAACUUUUAUUAAUUUUAUAAGGUUCGAACACAAAUUUCAUAAUAUUCAUAAUUCAUAACAAACAUUUUGAACAGUUUGACAAUGACAAGCUGUCAAUCUUAAGCGAUUGCGGCGCCUUUUAGAAAAAUUGGUAGAAAAGAGAACUAAAAUCAAAUUAAAAUUACCUACGCGUAGGAGAAUUGUCCUCGGUGUUGUUCCGAAAUGAGCCGAACUGGGCCCGGAUUACGAACACUCGAUACGAAUCGUAUCCGCCAUGUUUUCCCAUAAGGCGCUACGGUAAAACAUGGCGGAUACGAUGCGUAUCGAGUGUACGUAAUCCGGGCCCUGAACUUUACGCUUUCGGUUGGUACAACUGAAAAUGUGAUCGUGUCUACUCAACCUAAAGCCGGCCUCAAACGACUCAUGUACUUCGCAAGCAGACGCGGAUCCAGGGGGGGGGGACAGAGGGGGCGAUUGCCCCCCGAAAAUCUGAGGACAAAAAAAAAUGUGUAUUUAUUUCUAAAUUGAGGAUAACGAGUGCCACUGGCCACACAGAAAAGAGCUUUAUAUAUUUAGCGAUUGUCCUAUUCAAAGUUUGUUUCCGCGUGCAAAUUUCCCGUGCUCUCUCGUCGAAUAAUAUUCAUUGAAACAGUUCCGUAAAGAUUUUAAUUUGCUUGCUGUAAAGCUUAUAACCGUGCGCACGCUCUAGCGUUAGAAAUUAGAAACGGAACUUCGGCCGCGGGGCCUAGAUUGCGCUCGACAUAGUUCCUUAUUCUGACGCUAGAACGCGCGCAUGUACAACAACAAAUAAGAUGCCAUUUUGAUGUCGGUGCUUCGCUGUUUUACUUCAGUAGUUAUUUGUGCUUUGUUGUUGUUGUGAGCUGAUGUUAUGAAACGAGCUGCCAAAAUUACAACGUUCUUCAAAAAGUUGAAGACAACGUCAGGUAAGGUUACUCUAUUUCAUAUGCCAUAAGCCAUAGUAAUAAAAGCUAGUAGGUUAGUAGGUUUAAUAUUUUACCUGCACGUUGCAGUAGGCCUACAACCUUCUUUAGUGGCUCGUCCAUGAGAGAACAAGAGUACGUGAACACUCUUUAAAAAUAAUUAAUAAAGCUAUGCUAUACCAUGAAAGCAAAACUUAAUCACUAGUAAUUUAAAUAUAACAGGUAAUAAGCUGCAGCGACGAGUGCACGUCAAGUACAGUGUAUAAUUUAGUCACUUAGGCCAUGGCGUGGCGCACUAGCCGAUAGGGCCAGGAGAUUACACUGGCGUCUAACGGACCGACCUUCCGAGGAGGUGCGCGACUAGUGACAGCAGUGGCGUAGUGGGGAAGAGCAGUUGCCUUAGUUGUUGAUACGGCGAUUGUGGUUAUUUUUUACGCUUGCUACGUUUUUGUUUACUGUUUAGGCUAUUAUUUAGGACUAACUAAAAAUUAGUUUAACUUUACUUUUAUUUUUUAUUUAUAUUUAACGUUUUUUGUGUUUAAUUAGUCUACCCUUUUAAAGUAAAAUACAUUUUUUAAUGUAAGAAAUCAGAUAAAAUCAAAUUUAAUUGAUUAAAUGUUAAUUUUGUUUGAUUUUCACUUUAAAACAAUUUCAGGUAGCAGUAAUGGUGAGACUGAGGGUGCAAAACGAGACGAUGAAGAUAAACCCGAAUCACUUACAAUAAUUCGAGAUGAAGUGGGACAACAUGAGCAAAGCUCGCUUGCUGUGUCACAAAACCCAAACUUCGAAGUGGAAGUUUUCGGAGAUCCUCUGGCCUUGGAUUCACACUCAAAAAGCAGUGGACCUACCAACUCCUCAAGCGAAUCCAGACCUACAAUUAACUCUGAAGGUAAAGUGAAAGAGCUCUCUUCAAAUCAUAUCAUCAAAGAUAUAGGGCUAUAUGUAAAUAACAAGCCUGAUGAUUACACAAAAUAUCUUCUUUUGGAAGAACAUUGGAAGCCACCCUCAAACUACGUGUAUCCAUAUUCAGAAAACUCAAAGGGCGUUAAAAGGUAUUUGUCUAAAACCCACCUAAAAAAUCAUCCAUGGCUUGUACUUUCAGAGUCGAAGAAAGGUUUGUUCUGUAAAUACUGUGCACUUUUCGCCCAAGAAAAGGCAGGUCACAAUAAGGGCGUGAAGCUGGGGAGACUUGUAAUUGAACCUUUGACACGGUUUAAAGACUUAACAGGAAAAGAUGGCGACUUGUAA